GUUAGUUUCUGUAAUAACGGGGAUCGGGACACGCUUCGAGUAUCGGUAAAUACGAAGUAAUCCUUAUCUAUCGUGGCUGCGCGAGAAUAAAGGGAAGUCGUUUCUCUGUGCAAGUGUACACGGAUGCACGAAUUCGACGGGCGAACACAGUGUGAACAGGAGGUAGAACGAGCUUUAAUCCUGGAAGUAGAACAUGCGUCCACGAAUGCGUCGACGGUCGUUCGCAAUCGUUUGCCAACACAGGCGUUAUAAAUUUUCGCACCCUCUCGAACGGCUCGACGAUACGGCGAAUCCCGUCGAGAGCAACGCAAUCGUAUUAACAAGGAAGCACAAUUACAUUCUAUGCUAACGAUAAGUGUUCAUAUUCGCUGAACAGACUUUUACCUCGACAAAACUCUGUGCUCUGACGUUUUAAGCUAAUGUUUCAUUCUUAACGUUCAAAUGAUUCGAAUCGUAUAUAUUUACGUGGAUAGGUUGUCGUUGGGGUAACCGGAAGGAUGUAGGUAACGCAUUAUUAUAUGUUAGGCAUGACCAGGUGCCAUUUUGAAAGCCAUAUGGUGUACAACGGAUGGUAAUGCAGGAAGUGUAUAUUCCUAGCAAUCAUUUAUGUGUAACGCAUGAAUGAUGUUAGGUGCACUAGUCUCGUUAAAGUCAUUUAUGUGGACAACCCUAUUUUCAAAUGGUGGAUUUGGAGAUACAGGGAAUUGGAGAUUUAAGACCUUGGGCAUUCUGGAGUUAGAGGUCUGCAAGUUUGGGGAUCAGGUUAAAUUAGAAGUCUAAGAAUUUGGAGAUUUGAGGAUUUGUGAGGUGCAGGUAGGAAAUAAGGGAUUUGUGAAGAUGGAGUCAAUUUACAAAGUGGAAGAUCUAGGAAUCUAGAAAUGUGAAGAUUUUGAUGCUUUAUGAAGGGUAAUUAAAUGAGGACUAGUAAUAAAACGUGGCUGUAAAGCCACCACUUGGUCAUGCCUGUUAUAUGUGAUUAGAAUAACAAGAAAUUACUAACGUUGACACCUAAUGGUUCAUCGUUUUCUAUAGGGAAUAUACUAUAACUUCGAUCAAGCUUUGUAACAAUCGAUAACCACUGAGGCUGAUUCAUACACCGAUGCAACAACCGUUUUAUAAACAUUUUUAAUUCGACAGUGAUUUAGCAAUAACCGCGGAACAGUGUAUUCAACCGUUCCGGAAACGAUCGUGUCUCUUCUUUAUACCGCAGCUUGAUGAACAGUUGUUGGGCCACCGAACGUUCUUGAGGUUAGGUUUCUGGUUCGAGGAUUAGCAGUACAAACACUCACCGAUAGACUCGCUUAAUGUUCACGUAAGGCCUAAGACGACAGAUAUUCGUGUUUUGCUGCUUCAUCGGGCGCAAUUGCAAACGACAACACUAUUAAUCGAGGACCAUUGCUUUUCCAUUGUCAGGGGGGAUGGCGUGCGUGUUUCGAAGUCGUUUGGCGUGCAGAUGACCACGCGCGAUUCAGUUUCGAUUUGCUUGCGGCUGGUGCGCGUAAGACGAUUAAAUACCCCCUUGCCUUUGUAUCGCGUUAAUAUUCGAUGUUUGUGAAGCGGAGAGGAAUCGUCUGGGACCGGUUUGUCUGCAGGCCAAAACUAACAGAGGGGAAUCACGCGAGACGAGUUUCGAUUAGUGCGCUUUGAUAAUCACUACGGAUACACCUGGCGAAUUCGAAUGUAGUAUUAAUGAUUAAGUAACAUGUACAGGAUAAUACGAGAGUGUCGUCGUUCUUCUGGAGUAUGGCAUAUGGUUCUUGUCACGCGAGAAUUUACAUCUUGGAGGAGUUUGGCAACCAGCUAGCCUUUUAGAACUGGAGGUAACCAACCAUUUGAGUCCCUGAGGAUCUUGGAACAGCCUAGGAGUCCUAGAGACUGGAUCGUAGGAAUCUGAGGACCUUGGAACUGUACAGCCUAGGAGUCCUAGAGACUGGACCGUAGGACUCUGAGGAUCUUGAAACUGUACAGCCUAGGAGUCCUAGAGACUGCAUCGUAGGACUCUGAGGAUCUUGAAACAGCCUCGGAGUCCUAGAGACUGGACCAUAGGAAUCUGAGGAUCUUGGAACUGUAAGACCUAGGAAUUCCAGAAACCAUUGGUACCUAGAGACUAAAGGUGUUAGGAUUAGUCCUAACCCUAGGAAUCUUGGAACCAUGGGACCUAAGGAUUCUAGGAAUGUGAGGGUGUUUCCCAGAAGAUAAAUUUGAACAAAUGUGCCUAAUCUAAUCCUCUUGGAUUAUCCUAACAGCAUGAUGGGCAUUCUCCUCUCUUAAUCAAAAUAUGCCUCCAUCCUAACGUACAUUUUCCCGUAACGAGAACUAUGAAUGAGUUUGAAAGGAAUGGGCAACAGUGAUGCGACUCGAGACCAGAAUAUAAUUGUACGCGAUAGUGAAGAUAUUAACGAUAGGAUUAUAUAUAGCGCGCUCGAGCAUUAUGUACAUUUUAGGAGGACGCAUUAACUCAUUAGUAACUCAUUGUAUAGAGGCACGAUAAUUAGCGCGUACAAGCAUCGCACAAUACUUUCGUAGACGCAUAGAUAUGUAUACAGUCGUUGUCUUUAACGUAAGACCACCAUCAUCGUAUUCGUACUCCUCGUUUACGCUGGCAACAAAAUGAAGCCUUUAUUGUGCCUACCAACGAUUAGAGGGAGCAAAGAACGGGAGAAUGGCAAAGGUGGGAGCGAAAGUAGGUGAACGAACUUUCAGCUACAUUUUAACGCUUCAUUGCCACUACCUUUUACACAUAAAAAAAUUAUUAAAAUUUGUGAAGUCAUCCACUGUAACCUCUUAUGGAUAAUAACCCUUUUCAAGUUUACAAUAAGGUAUUUGAUCUGUCUUGUUGAUACAUAAAAUUAAAAUUGUUCACGUUUCUUCAAAAUUAGACUCAACAGGAGCCAAAGUUCGAUCACUUACUCAUUGCAUUUUCUAGGGUGCAAACUGACAUGCAGAUUGACCAGAAUCAAGUUGUCGUUGCUUGUAUGCGAAGGAAUUUACAGGGUGGCUCAAAAAAAAUGUUCACCAUAAGUACUGCAAAACUGAAUCUCAACACUUGAAGUGGGAGCUGGAGUUAUGAAGAUCUGAGGAUCUAGGAAUUUGAGAAUUUGGAAAUCUAAAGUUUGGAAUCUCAAGAGAACUUAUAAAAUUAGGGAUCAGGUUAAUCUGAGUUUGGGAAUUCUCCCAGAAUCACCACUAUCCCUAAGAGUCUAAUUUCCACAAAAUUGUCUUAGAGUUCUGAAAUUCCUGUAAGCUAACCUCCUGCGAAUUGCAAAAAGUUGACAGUUUCUACAGCGUACAUCUUUUUCGAAACUCCCUGUAGAUCCGAAGAAACAUAAAAAAGGAGACUGCUGUCAAGACAAUUUAAUCGCGGGUGAAAGAGCGUGCUCGGAAGAUUGUCAAGGUUAUGCCUGUCGCGAGUUUCGUUGCUCGAUUAUUUUCCGAAGACUUUGGAAAUCGAUCGAUCUCGUAGUAAAAGUCAGCGAAUCAUUUACAAUUCGUGUUCGACGCGUUUGUUUGAAUCGCAUACACGCAGCAAGCGCGAAGGUACUGCAACUGAUGGUCUCACAGUACACUGUUUGUGUAUACUACGUACACGCGUACACACACACGCACACUUAUUUGGAAGCCACGAUACGAUCAUCUUCGUUGCUUUUUAUAUAUUUAUAUAACUCGUCGCAAAUUUGUAUGAACACAAACGACUUCGACUGCUUGCUAGCGUUAACGCGUUCGUGCCCGUUCGGGUAGAUUUACCCGUGUCAGAAAGGCUGCAUCUGUUACGUCGGGAUCGAACGUGUUAAGGCAACUUAUUACACCAGUGCUUUUCACCGAAUGACUCCCUUACUUUCUCCCCGUAUCACUUUAGGUCAGUUUUCAUUGCAAAUGUUAUUAUUGGGUGCUUGUUUCAUGUGACAUCGGCUCUGUUUGCAAAGGGAAAAGAGUGGGGGUUUCACUUUGGCUUCGAAAGCAAUAUUUGGAAAGCACUGUGUUAUGCCAACUCAAUGAAAAAUUGAACAACGUUUCCCAAACUCGUUUUAUUAUGAAUGAAAUCAGGUCUUUGCAAGUGGAGAAAGUCCUAUCUCAAAAUGUACGGUGAGCUGUUCCUAUCAAUGUUGCUUCUUUGACUUAAAAGGAGGAAGCUUUAGAAAAGAUAGCACACCGUAUGGUUUGAGAUUGGAAUUAUCUGGGAAGACCUGGAUUAAAUGUUGAAACUUAAACACAUGUGCAAGCAACAUACAAAGUAUGCUGAGAUUAAUCUUGAAGAUAUGUUUGAGUAAUGACUCAUAAUUUUUAGAUAUAAGCAUAAUGAAUCUAUUUGUGGUAAGUUAUUGUUUUAAUUAUGUUAUGAUUCAUAAAAUGUGUAUUUUAUGUAAGCUGUGAUGAUGCUUAGUUGUUUGGGAAGCGUUAAAUUGAAAUUAUAGGGAACUUGAAUGUUGAUUUCUUAUUACUUAUUCACUUGAUCUCUUUUUUAAUAGUUUUUUGUAUGUUAUUCAUUUAGUUUAACUAUUUUUAGCCUUAUUUUUUUAGGAGCUUAACAACGAAUCACAGUAUUCAUGAAAAGAAUGUUCAAACUGUUGCUUCUAAGUUAAAGCAAAACUGUCUCAGAUCUUUAAUAUAAUAGACUACAGUCUUAUAAGAUCACAUCUUGAUACUAUAAUCUGUUAAGUGACUUAUGGAAUUAUUUUCCAAAGACACACAUUCCAUGCAAAUAUUUUCCAAAGAAACACAUUCCAAAGACAACUUCAAUAGUUGUAUGAUCAAAUCAAAUGAUAACAUAUUUUAGCCAUAGUUUGAAUAUUCGAUUCAACAUAGUAUUUAACAUGUUGACUGUCAUAGUGAAGUAUAAUGCAUUUAGCAGGAAUUAGUAAGUUUAUAAAUACCAAUGAUCUAAUUAUGCGAUUUAAGUUAACUUUGCAUUGUUUGGGACCUGUAGAACAGUCAACGUGUUAAGCUGAAAAUAAUAAACUGCCCAAAGUUGAACCCGUAGCUUGCGGCUAGUAGAAUUGUUUGUAUUAUUUAUGUAGAAGGGACGCUGGAUCGUUUACCCCUCCUUGGCUCUUUAUGGAAGCGUUUCGUUUCUUCCCCAAAGCUGGCCUUUGGGUGAAUAAUUUGUGGGAAACGUUUUUUAUAUCACUUGGUUGAUCCUUUAUCAUAUUUAGACGCAACGCACAUGUUUUAGGCGCUACGUCAAUGUCGCAAACUGAAGUGAAAAAAUAAUUCUCGUUUAUCGUCAAAACAAUUGCGAUCGGACGAAAGCUUAUUUCGAAAAAUCCUCUAUCCGUUACACAUCUUUUUUCUUUCCAAACGAAAAUCCAUUUUUGGUGAACGUACAGACAAACUUGCUUUCCUGUUUGCGCUAAAAAGUAUUUACAUCAAUUUCGUACAUAUACGUUACAAAACGAAAGAGCACGUUUGAAGAAAAAUAUUCUGUUCGUUCACUUUAAAUACGAUUGAACAUAUAUAUAGUCUAAAAACGGCUUUCUUUAUCGUUAACGAUAAGACUAAUUCACGUGUUUUGUUUGACCGAUACUAUCAGUCGAAAUAUAUAUACAUGUAUGUAUACGUUUAACAGUUUUUAAGUUCGUAGAGACAACUGUACAACUUGAUGUCUAAAUCGAUAAUAAAUAAAGAUGCACACUUUUUACCUACGAAUUAAUUGUUACUCUUUCCGACUGUACCUGUAUGUUAUAAUUUUAUUUACAUGACCUCGUGUUAAAUCAUAAAGUUUGUAGCUUUAUAGUCAAGUAAGAGGUGCUCAUGUAAAACAGGGGGUUUCCCUAAGAGCCAACACUUGCCCUCUUCAUACAACUUUCACGUAAACAUAACGGAACUGUCAUAAGUUAGGACACCCUAUAUAUAGGAAAUUUGUAUGCUCUACGUAUAUCUGAUACGUGAGAGUUUUAUGAUAAGAGGAAACCAAUUAUAAUGAAUCAGUCAGUUGAACGUGUCACAUAACCUUUAGAUAAACGCGAACUAAAACAAACAUCAACAUAUACUGUGUAAUAUUGAAGGUUAACUUACAACUUUCGAUAGUGAACUAUAUAGAUCAAUAGAAUUGCUCGUAAUUUAACUAAUAGUGUUCUUCAUGAACUGCCCGUACGAUCGCACAGUAGAAUUGAAAUUAGAACAGUGUUCAUUGAUAGUCCUCGCACACUUAACAAAAAUGAAUCAUGAAUUAGGUUUGGCGCGUUCUUUGAGUCAUCGAUAGGUUAUCAUGCGCACCUAACAAACAAAUUGUAUGCUGAAGUUCACUCGAGUUUAGAGCCCAAGAUGGCCGCGAUGACAGAUACGUCGAAGUAUCAAUUGAAUGUGGGAUACGCCUAAAUUUUCAGCUUUCAAUGACAUAUCUUUUAGAAACUGUAAUACAAUGAACGUGAUAAGUUCGUGCAGUGGUUUGAAAGGUGGAGGAUGUACGAGGAACAAAUGACUUCUGUAGGCGCGCAACUUGUCUUAAUUCGUACAUACAAGGUUGUGAUAUUUAUGCGUUAACAAAUUUGAACUACUGUUAAAAUAAAAAAAAAAUGGAGGCAAUUGUAGAAUAUAAUUAUGAAGCACAAGAGCCUGACGAAUUAACAUUAAAGAAAGGAGACAUUAUCACAGAAAUUGAAGUAUUGGCAGGUGGUUGGUGGGAGGGUACUCUAAGAGAUAAACGUGGCAUGUUUCCUGAUAAUUUUGUUAAGGUAUUAAAACCUGUGCCAAGUGGAACAGUUGGCAGUACAGGAAGCGGGGGAAGUGAAGGAGUCAAUAAUAAUAAAUCUGAAGAUGUUACGUUAAGAAAUGAUGGAUCUAGAAGACGAUUUUGUAAAGUACUGUUUGAUUAUGAACCUUGUAAUAAAGAUGAAUUAACUCUGGUACCUCAAGACACUAUAGAAUUUUUGGGAGAAGUGGAAGAUGGGUGGUGGAGAGGUCGACUUAAAGGCAAGGUUGGAGUUUUCCCUUCGAAUUUUGUGUCUCCUCCAGUAUACGAAGAGCCUGAUAAGCAUAAACAGCAAAAUAAAAAAGAACUGUAUAAAGUGCUUUUCCCUUAUAAAGCUGCCAAUGAUGAUGAAUUAACAUUGAACGAAGGAGACAUAAUAACACUCCUAUCGAAGGAUGCCUCUGACGAGGGUUGGUGGAUAGGCGAAAUAAAUGGUCGAAUUGGUUUAUUUCCAGACAAUUUUGUUGAAAUAGUUAAUGUUGCACCAGAUCAAACAGAUCAUGAACAAAGACAAGAAACUUCUGUUAAGUCAGCUGCAAGACAUUCUUAUCCAGCAAAAAAGAGCGAGAAAGUUCACACCAGGAAAAGUUUAGAUGUUCAACUACACACAGAAGUAAAUAAGAAAGCCAUAUCGACAUCGGCCUCUUCUUCAACAUCGUCAACUUCUCCAGGAAUUGGAGAAAGUAAUGAGGAUAGAAAAACUAUAAGUUAUUCAAUCAUAUCGAGUUUGAAACGUUUCCUAGGUGAUGUGGGAACCAAUAACGGUAACGAAAAUACCAAUAUAAGUUUGGGUGAAGAGCUAGAUGUGGUAGAACGAAUAGAAGGAGCACCGCUUUCGCACUUAACAGCUUCUCGAGCUAAAGCACCCCGCCGACGUCCACCUUCUUCGCAACGUUUACGACGUUACACUGCUGGACCAACAAUUACCACUACAACUACUACAACACCUGAAGAUACUUUAGCAAAUGGAAAUGGAGAUACCAUAUUAAAACAGAUACGAGAGAAAGAACCUGAAGGACUAGCGGCGAAGGCAAGGAGAAAAGUACCUUGGGUAAAAGAAUUAAAAUUGAAUCACAUAGAAAGGAGAAAGAUCGGAUUAGUUGAUCAUAUAUCUGAUAUAUCUGAACUAAAGAAGAAAUUUAAUAAUACACGAGUGUCACCAACAACGAAUGUCGCGAAACCAAUUAAAAAGGACAGCAGUCAAAAAUCCAAUACGUCUUCACAACCAGAGCAGACCUCACCUACUAGUGGAACUCCUGCUUAUGUUCCAUAUGAAGUCUUUAAUCAACUUUUAGAAAGGGUUGCCAGCUUAGAAGAAAAACAAGCAAUGUUACAAGAAUCACUGACAGAGAUUUUGGAGCAGUUUGUAGUUACUAUAUCUUCACUAAACAACGUAACAAAUUAAUGGAUACCAGCACACAAAUUCCACAGUACGUUUUUAUAUAAACUUUUAUUGUUCUGGAUUUACUUUCCAUCAUAAAUGGAAAAGUUAGCUUAUAAUUACCAUACAAUUGUUAUAUUUAUUCAUCAUAGUAAUGACAUUUCUUAUGUUUUUUUUUCACUAACAUGGUAACAGUAUUUAUCCAAUUGGCCAUAAAACAAAACAUUCCAUGUAUCGUUCUUUAUUUAAGAAAGUAUUCUAAUGUUUUUUUAUAGUUUGCGUAAUAUCAUUGCAAUAACACAAAUUACUUACUUUGAAUAACACUUACAAUUUUAAAAAGAUCUCACUAAAAAUUGUUUCAUCAAUUUUUCAUUUAAUUUAAUGAAAACUAUGUUAUGCGUUUCGUUGUAACGUUUAACGAACGUCCAAUGUAUGUCCAUAAUUAUUUUGAAGCACUUUCGGUGCUUCUAAAAAAAUUGAUCUAUCGUACUGAUAUAUUUCUUUGAACUAUAUCUUCAAACUAUAAGAGUGUAACGGUACUUAAAUUGACAAUGAUCAAUGCAUACUAUGUUAUCUACCUUUUUGUUAAAAAGCUGCCUCACGUUUAUGAUACAAUCGUGAUUACUCUUACGUUUAUUAAGUAACUGAAGUUCCAAUAUAUGCGUUUACUUCUUUUCUAUUUUCAUAACUUUGUUACUUUGUCAUAAAAACGUCAACAGUAUUUAAUUUUGAUUAGUAUCAUUUAGAAAAUGUUAUUAAGCUUAAAGUGAGAUAGAUUAAAUGCAUUUAAAUUAUUUUUUUAAAUCAUUAAAUAUUCCCUAUCAUAUAACUUGAAAUGGUGCUAUGAAAUAAAACACUUGUGAUAUGUUGUAUCACGUACGACUAAAUGAGGCAGCGAACUACAAUUAAAAACUUUUGUCCUAAAUAAACAAUAGAGCAACAAAAUAUGUUGAAGCUCGCUUUAAAAAAAAUGCAUAUUAAAUAACUUUGUUCCAUAUAAUCGCAAAGUUGUUGAAUACUUGAAAUCUUUUUAUUUUUUUAAAAAAACAAAAUCUUAAGUAAAUAUAAUGAAACGGAGUGAUUAGAGAUAUAUGAGAUGAAUACAAGCCAAACAAUAUUUAAUUCUUUACAUCAGUAUUUGACCAAAUAUACUUUUACAUCUUUUAUUUAAAGGAACAACAAACUUAAAAGUUUCCUUCGAUCAUAAUCAUUAUGUCACACUAUGUGUUAGUUAUAUGCAAGUAUGUAAAUACACAGAUUAUAAAUGAAUCGGAAAAAACAGUAAAAUUCUGUUCUAAUUUGCGAUUUAGAUGAUAAAUAUAUCAGCUUAAAAAUUCUAGUCUAAAACAAACAGAUUGCAAUGAUUAUAAGGUUGAAGUGCCAGCGCUAAUGAAACUAACACUGUCACAAUGAUGUCGUUGUUAAUAGGUAUAUUCUUCAAAAAGUAAUGAUUCAAUUUUUGCACUUUAUUAAAUACCACAAUUUCUUGGUCAAAUAAAUUAUAAUUUUCGUAACAGAAAUGACUUCAGGUUAUUAUGUAAACUAAUAUGUGCUUCAUGCAUAAAUUAUACGUCACUACAUUUUGAAGGAUAUCUAAUGUAUUAUAUAAGUAGAAUACGUUAGUGUUGUAUAAAACUUUUAUACGUUUCAGCUGGAUGUAGCUUAUUUAAGUGGGGUAUAAGUAUAGCUAAGUGAAAUUAAAUAAUCAUAAAAAUACAAGUGUUUGUUCUAUGUACAAGGAAAAGAAUUGUUAAAUUUUGGCAGCUUUAGAGUUAGAUAUACCUUUGUUUACUUUCUUAUUAAAUGUAUACUUUACAUUGCAGUUGCUUAUCACUAACUCUAAUUGCGUACCAGAUGACACAUCUUUAUAAACAUAUAGGAUCGAUGUAUAACAACUUUAAUUAAGAAAAUUUUUAUAAUCAUGCCAUGAGUACAAGUCUUCUAAGACGUUUAUUUGUAAACUAAAAGUUGCAAAAUAUCUAUGUGCAUAUAUAUAAUACUAUAAUCAUCAGUGUGCUAUAACUUACUACAAAAUUUCUUCUUAAAUUAUGCUUGAAAAGUAUUAGUUCAUAGUAUCCGUCCCCAAAAGAACAAGAGCAUAAAUUUGUUGCAAAGAUUAAAUUCAAAAUAUUAGUUUGAUAUAAAUUAAACAGGUUUUUACUUGAAUACAUUUCAAUACAGUUUUUCAUGUUUCUCAUCUUUUUUCCAAUAUAUAUUCCUGUAUAUACAUAACUUGCAUGUUACGUAUAAUAAUAUAAUAUUAACGUCGUCCUAAGCAUAUCUGAUUUCUCAUCAGUUGUUCGAAUAAAUGCAGUAAAUGAAUAUGAUGAAAAAUAAAUAAUGUUAAAUUUGAUCAAAUUUAAUCUUAACAAAAGAACAAGUAUCGAACAACAAAUCUCUAUGUUUCUAAUAAUUUUUAACCUUUUGCAGACUUCUACAAAAAACCAAAAAGUUAUAAAAAUCUUUAUAAUAUGUAAUGGUAGUAUAUUUUCAUAGUUUCACGUGCAACCAAUUUAGUUCACAAACGACACAGCACACUGACCAUGUUCAAAAAGGUCCAGUAAUCAGUAUUGUUCCACGCAAAUCAAUAUCAGAUACAAAUGUUUUUAUACUUUUAUAUAUUAUGAGAAUCGAAGCUUUAAUAUAAGAUUUUUAUGUAGAAAUACGUUUACACCCUAUAAAAUCAUGACUUCUAUUUACAAAUAUAACAUGAAUUUCGUACAUUCUUGCAGAAAAGUAAUACUUGACAAUAAUAGUCCUAAGUGAAAGGAAAAGGAUUUUUUAAUUUUGUUUUAAGUUAGUUUAUAUCACUUUAAUGAUAUAUUUUUUUUCAUUUUUAUAGUUACAAUUUUAAAUGUGCCUAAUUUAAAAUUGUUUUCAUAGGAGAAAAAGAAACAUUGUCUUCCUUUACAACUAAUAUAAACUAUCAUGUUAGUUGGAACAGAGCAACGAUUUUUUGAAUGUAGUAAUGAUGUGUGUGCCAUUGAUAGCAUUUUUGUAUAAAUGAGACUACUAAAGCUUGCCUUGUACAAAUUUUUUAUAUUUUCCAUCACGUUUUCAAUCGCUUUAUAUUUCUAUGUAUAAAACGAAUAUGAUCAUUAAUGCGUUAGAAAUUAGUUCUUCACAAAUUGCACGUUAAUCGAUUAAAAUUGCCGGAUACAUGAUUGCACAUUUUGUAAUAUCCAGAACAAAACUUGUUAUUUGUGUUUGCUUGUAAUUCGUAGUUUUUAUUUAAGCAAAUGGAAAUGACAACUUUCAUAAAAAGACAUUAGAAAGCAUGUUUACUGCAUUUUAUAUCUAUUGAGUUUGCUGUUGUAUUAUGAUUUGAAAGUCAAUCGUACUGAAACUGACUAAUGGAAAUUGUUCCAUUAUGCUCGUUGCUAAGUGUACAAUGAAAUUAUAAACUAAAAAUAAAUGUUUUUAUAAUAUGGGAUAAACGUACUGCAUUUCAGAUAGUUAUUGAUUGACAGUUUCUGAACUGUAUGACAUAUGCAUAAUUUGUAUACGUAUUGCUCGCAUAAUAUGUGAAAUGUUUUAAAAAUUAAAUAUUUUCAUUUUGUAUAAAUACUUGCAUCGAAUAGUGUUAAGCACCGAGACACUGAUAUAAUCAAAUUGUUAUUAUAUAGCGUAUUUUUAUUCGCUCCUAUACCAUUCACAAAAGUAUUGACACAGCGUAGCAGCUGGUUUUUAGUUAUUAAGUGAUUACUUUAGAAAGCAUGUGAUAGAAGAUAAAAAGAUAACGAAGAAAAGCACAAUUUUUAGGUGUAUAGUUAUAGAGUUGUAUACGUGUAUAUAAUCAAGAAAAAGUGAGAAUUGUAUUUUUUUUCUUUCUUAUGAAUCUUAUAUUCUUAGCAAUUGGAAUGUGUAAAUAAUUUGUUAGGUAAAUCUUUUUCUGCUAAUAAUGAAGAAAGGCACUUGUAACCGUAUAUUAAACAUCUGUAUAUAUUUAA